GAAGUAGAAACCUUGCCUGCCUCCAAAGCUCACCUUCGCCACGCACCCUUUCACACACACACCCAGAUUCAGAAUGAGUGAACCAGAGGGAGGAGAGGAGGAAGACAGAGAUGAGAGCGCGAGCGAGAGACCAGAGAGUGAGAGGGGGUCACCGCCGCAACGCCGCUUCAGCCGCUGCCAUCGCCGUCAUGGAGGAGGGAGUCCGGAGGAGAGAGAGAGAAAGACGAUUCGCAGACGAGAUGGAGAGAGAGGACCAAGACGCGACGCGAGAGAGAAGGAGGUUGUUCCGCCGUGCACUGUCGUCGCUCCUGGGGUCAAUUGAAGCCGCCGCCGCUGCUAGGGCUUGCCGUGCUCCUGUCCUCACUUUCGGCUUCUACGAUUACUUCCUGCGUUUCAUCGGUGCCGUUUUCGACGCCAAGGGUGCGGAUGCAAUUCUCUCUUUUGAAAAGUUCUGCUGCAAUCUCCCCAGACCUCUUCUUCAGGUUCCGGUUUCUAUUUGGAUUAGUUUUCUCAAUUCGAUUUUGAUCCAUCUGCUAAUUAAUUGGGUUGAUUAAUACCAGAUCAUAUAUCUCGCCAUAAUCAGUUCAACAUAUUAUUUCAUUGUAAAAUCGUGUUUAACAGAUCAUAUAUGAUUAAUGUGAAUGAAGAACACUAGGUGAGUUGAAUUGAAUUGAAUCAUGGAUAAGAGCAUGUUAGCUGGUUUGGAAUCACUUCCAGAAGCUUAUCAGCAAAGAAUGGCGUCCAUGAUGGAACAAGUUCAAAUCCGUGACAGGUACCUGCUCUUCACUCUAUCUGUU